UGACUCUGUGUCAGGUAAUGUGACUGUAUUAUUCGGCCUGGGCAUGCUGGAUUCUGUGUGCAGAGGUGCCACUUACAUGUGAUAUCCAACCAUUGUAGAUAAGCUGGGUGAGGUUUAGGCAACGUGUGUGGAAGGGAGCUGAGCCUGGUGGUUGCAAUCCUGAUGCAGUGCUGCACAUUCUGCACAUACACAUCUGUUUAUUUGGGGUAAAGGAUUUGGUGCUUCCAAACUAUUAACCCAAGAGCGCUUUUCUGAAAGUCAGUGAUCAAUACAGCAUAGAUAUGGAUUGUGGCAAACACCGCCUGUUAGCUGCUUCACAAACCAGCAGUUGGAACACAGUGGAUGGCAGAGUAAAUAAGAUGAUAUCUGCGUUGCAGCUCUUAUGCUGGAUCUGUCUGGCUUAUUCUUCGUCCAGUAUUUGUGUACGCUUAGCGACCAAUGUGCGUGCAGGAGAGCCUGGGGCCAUCUGCUGUCCACUGCUGUCUUCUAAACAAACCAAUUACUCUGUGACUUGGUACAUAAACGGUAGUGACAUACCCGUAACUACGGAUAACUACACCAGGAUCCAUCAGCGAGGAGACAGGCUUUGGUUUAGCCCUGCAAAGAUAGAAGACUCGGGAUUUUAUGAGUGUCGAAUUCAAAAUUCAACAAGAGAUAGGAAGGAACUCCGAGUUUUCAAGAACGAUGAUGGUUUAUGCUUUAAUAGAAAUUACGUUUAUCCACAAAGAAUACAUUUGCAUAAUACUGGAAAGCUGACGUGUCCCGACCUCCAGAAUUUUGAAAGUGAAAGGACUCCACUUCAUUGGUUCAAGGCAUGCACUCCUGGAUUACCUGAAGAUGGGAGAUUUAGCCAUUUUGAGGAUUUCCUUGCAAUUAAAAAUGCAACGGAGGAAGACAAAGGAGUGUAUAUAUGCCAGCUGACAUACACCUAUCUGGGAAGACAAUUGAAUGUAUCUCGUGCCAUUAAUCUAACUCUUUUUGGGCCUCCGAAGAGAAUACCGCUGGACAUCAUUUAUCCAAACAAUAAUUCAGUUGAAGUAGAACUUGGGUCCAGUAUUGCCGUGACCUGUAAUGCCUCGUCGGGUAUUUGGGACGAACCAUAUGUAUCCUGGAACCUUGAGGAUAACUCUACUCGGGAUUUAAAAGCAACGCUCACGCAGUCUCUGGAUACGUCACCUAAUGGAGAACUUCAGCUAGUGGGAGAAAAGUUUAAUAUUUCUGUAGUGAAACCUAAACACUACAAAAAAUACUUCUGCACUGUAUGGUCUAUUAGAACUGAUCCAAGAGUUGUAUACAUCAUGCUAAAACCUCCAGCUCGAAACUUUCAGGGUUAUUUGAUUGGAGGUCUUGUUUCCCCGCUCCUUGUUGUACUGGCAGCUCUGCUCAUCUACAAGUUUUUCAAAGUUGACAUUGUGCUUUGGUAUCGGGAGUCCUGCCAGGUUCUUCUUGGUAAAGGAGUUUCAGACGAGAAGCUCUACGAUGCGUAUGUGUUGUAUCCCAAAAAUUUAGCGAACUGUGCAUAUUCAUCUGAUAUCUUUGUCUUGAAAGCAUUGCCUGAAGUCUUAGAAAAGCAAUGUGGCUAUAAGCUCUUUAUAUGUGGAAGGGAUGAUCUGCCAGGGGAAGCGGUGGUCAGCGUUGCUGAUGAAACUCUGAAACAAUGCAGAAGAGUGAUCAUCGUGUUGGUACCGGAUUCAUCCUGCUUCAGCACGCAGAGACUGACCUCUGAGCAUGAAAUUGCAAUGUACAGCGCUCUUAUUCGGGAUGGAGUUAAAGUGAUACUGAUUGAGCUGGAUAAAAUAAAAGACUAUGACAACAUGCCAGAAUCAUUAAAAUACCUUAAACAAAAACAUGGAGUGCUCAGGUGGAAAGAAGGCCUUUCGGAGAAAUCUCAAAGGGCAUCCACAAAGUUUUGGAAAAAUGUAAGGUACCAAAUGCCAGCCAUCCGAAGACCACCUUCCUCGGAGUUUCAUUUGCUGCCAGUACUUUUUAACUCUUCUUGGAUACCAGAAGUGUCAUAACAAGACCACAUGUGCACUGUUCUCUUGAACAUGUUCAAACAAGGCAUGGUUCCAGGUGUGCUGCAUGAAUAACCCCAGAAAGCGGGUGUUGAGAGUUGUAAUUCCUAGGAAUGUCUACUUUUGAUCACUUGGGAAGAGCCUUCUCUACCAGGAUGUGAUCAGCCAUGGACGAAGAAAGCUUUUGGUUUGGUUCAAUGAGUUCCUUGGACAAGUGGCAAAAUGUGAAUGCUUGAGCCAAAAAUUGUUUUACAGAGGAAGGAAGCGAAUGUGAAGGAAACUGUGUCCCCCCCCAUGUGCAGACUUUAUACAUAGUCAGGUUUUAACCUGAAAAAUAAGGGCUCACUUGGAACAGCUUAAAUAGCUGCUUCAUUUGUCCAAUACUUGUUCGUUCCCCUUUUAAAGGAUAAUUCAAUAUACUAUGCAUAUUAUUACGGUAUCUCCCAAGGAGAAAAACAGUAAGAGAGCACCAUAUUUUUUGGGUGGAUUGUCUUACCAGUGAGCAGAUGCAAAAGCAAGGGUGUGAAUUUUCUGUGAUUUAUUCACAUUUUAAUUAAAUUAUAAUGCCAUAGUCUUUAAUGCAGCAAAAACAAAAAACAAUCACACGAGUGAUUUUAAGUGAAGUUAUUAGAUGGUAAUUAUUUUUUACACUUCUGAAAGGAUGAUUUGCAUAAUGUUUCAAAAUGGCCAAACAUUUGCAGACUCACAAGCACUUUAACUGUAUCUCUAUGAUAUGAAAUGUUUCACGUUAUUUUUAGAGGCUGCAUUCUCUAGCGUGGAAGCCAAGAUUUGACUUUUUAA